UAAUUACAGCUAGAAUUUUCAAUAAAAGAAAAAAUAAUUCCAAUAACUACCAUAAGUAAUGGAGUAAUAAAAAGUGAAGAGCAGUUACUAAAAUAAAAAUAACCAACGCAUAAUAGUAAAGACUUGACAUCAACUUCCUUAAGCAUGAUGUUUAACACACACAACUUACACAUUUGAUGAAGGAAACAACGCUCACUCUAUUUCUUGGUAGCAGUAGCAGAAUGAUUAGUGGAUGGUGACAAUCAAUCAACAAAUACUAAAACCUAAACGCAGAAGAACCACACAACCCUAGAACGAACCUUCCUUCCAAUGGCGAGUGAUGUUCCUCCGCCGGAAUUGUUGGAGGAAAUCCUCUCCCGCUUACCGGUAAAAUCACUUCUCCAAUUCCGAUCAACUUCUAAAUCACUUAAAUCCAUAAUCGAUUCUCACCACUUCAUCAACCUUCAUCUCAAAAAUUCCCUCAGUCGAUCCUUAAUCAUUCAACACAAAUUCGAUCUCUACCAACUCCAAAUCGAUGAUCAUGAUGAUUUCUCUAAAUCCAUGAUGAUUCCACUCAACCAUCCUUUCACCACCAAAAUCACUCCUGUCACACGUAAUAGAACCAGAACCAUGGCUCUUAUCGGUUCCUGUAACGGCCUCCUCGCCAUCUCCCACGGCCAACUGGCUUUCAAUCAUCCUAACAACCCCAACGAAAUCACAAUCUGGAACCCUAGCACUCGUAAGCAUCGUAUGAUCCCUUUCCUACCUCUUCCUAUCCCUGACAUUAUGGAAUCCGACAACAUCAAUCGCUGCUGCUUAUGCGUUCAUGGUUUCGGUUUUGAUCCUUUAACCGGCGAUUACAAACUCCUCAGAAUCUCUUGGUUAGCCUCUCCACACAACUCUUUUUAUGAUUCACAUGUCAGACUCUUCAGCUCUAUAACAAACUCGUGGAAAAUAAUUCCCAGUAUGCCGUACUCUCUUAUCUAUGCUCAAUUCAUGGGGGUUUUUGUUGAGAAUUCUCUUCACUGGAUAAUGACAAAGAAACUUGGUGGAUUACAUCCUUCUUUAAUUGUUGCAUUUAACCUAACACUUGAAAUUUUCAAUGUGGUUCCUCUUCCUGAUGUUCAUAAUAGUAAUGAGAGUUUUGAAAUUGAUGUUGAUGUUUUGGGAGGGUGUCUUUGCAUGACUUAUUACGAAACUACAAAAGUUGAUGUUUGGGUGAUGAAAGAAUAUGGUUCUAGAGAUAGUUGGUGUAAACUUUUUACUAUGGUUAAAUCGUGUUACGAUUUACCUUUGAAAUCUUUGAGGCCUUUAGGUUAUUCGAGUGAUGGAAAAAAGGUUUUGUUGAGGGUAGAUGCUGAGAAGCUGUUUUGGUAUGAUUUGAAGAGUGCACAAGUUAGUUAUGUUGAAGGAAUUCCUGAUUUCCAUGGAGUUAUGUUUUGUGUUGGAAGUCUUGUCCCACCUUCCUUCCCUGUUGAUAAUUCUAAGAAGAAGGAGAAUCGUACAAGCAAGAGCAUGAGAAGAAAAUAUGUUUGCAUGCUUGUUCAAAUGGAGUGAAUUGAGUAAUGAAAGUCGAACUUAAUUUUGGUAAAUGGCAAAGUACAACAAUGAAGCAAAAUAAAAAAUAUACUUAUUUUGUGUGUUUUAAGGGUGCAGAAUUUUUUGAAUCAGCAUGAUGUAUACUUUUUUUAAGCUUUCCUCUGAGGGAAGGUUGAAGAGAGGGACGACUUCUUGUCCCGAGGAUUUAAAUUGAGAUUGUAAGGGAUGGAAGGAAGGACCUGUGAUGUGCAGCAGCUGAAACAGGAUACUCAAGUUGUUUCUUGUGAUGGAAUUAGAAACCUUGGUUUGUGGGAAAGGCUGAAUUGAUAAUGAAUGGAGCUGCACCCAUUUUUACAUCUCAUUUUGAAUUGUAUGUCUGAGAUCACAUUUAUCCCUCUUGUUUGGUGAUGCAUCCUCUCUCCCUCUGACCUUUCUUAAAGGAUCGUCUGCUUUUGCCUCUUGCUUCUAGUACUGCUGAGAAAAUAUGGAAUAGUCCAUAUUUCCCUUUAUUAUAUUUGUAAUUGAAACUCUCUACUUGCUACUUCUGCAUUGAACCUAUCUACUUGCUACUUCUGCAAUUAAAUUCUCUACUUGAUGCAGAGUCUAUUACAUCCUCGGAUCCUCGGAUACAAACAUUAUUUCUAAAUUAUUCUUCUACAUUUUAGUUCUAUUGAAUCACCUGAGCUAACAAAUAUAAUGAUUGAACCCACUUGGGUUGGCCUAGUGGUAUUGGUUUGAGAAUUCGGAGUGCACCCUUCCUCAGGUCUCAGGUUCGAUUCUCUCUGAUGCCAAUUCGGGUGGGCUAAUUUAGUUUCUUCAAAAAAAAUAAAAAUAUAAUGAUUGUUUGGUGGUAAAUGGUGAUUAUGAAAUUUCAGUUUAGGGAUUAUUCUUAUCGUAACUUGGUAAUAGUUCCUUUUUCUUAUUAAAAAAAAUCAUAAUGUCGAUGCCAUGGUGUAAAAGCUACUUUCUGUGACUACUUAGAUUAUAAUUAUAUCAAUCACAUGUAUUGUAUCGG